AUGAGCGAUUAUGAAUUUGAUGAUUUUGAGGACGAUUUCGAGGACGAUUUCGAGGAAGAUGAAACUCCUUCUCCUCAGGCCAUGAUGGUGGUUUCAUCCAAGCAGGCUUCAGCACAGUCAAUGAUUCCAAACAAUUCAAACCUUACUCCAGCUAGUACAACAACACUUAAUACAGCAACCAUUCCGAUGUCUUCGUCGGGAUUCAAUAGAGAGACAGAAUAUCCAGUCAUUAAGAAUCAAGAGGAAUCGUUUAAAGCAAUCAAAAUUAAACCAACACUUUCAAAAGAGGAGAAAGAGAGGCUAGAAAAGAUUCAAAAGAAGUACGAUAGAGCAACAAAAUUAUUGGAACUCAUUUCGCUUGACAACAUCUCCUUUGAAAUAAUUGAUUUGCCGCCUCUUUCAGAUUAUGAAAUGUAUCAACGAUCUUUUGGCAAAGAUACAACACUCAACACCUCAACUCAAUGUCCUCCGAUCGACGAAAGAAAAGAAAUGGGAAUGAAUACAAUUCCACAAACUCAAGUUUCUAAAGGAGUACAAGCUCCUGAAGACAUCGGAAUUUCAAACAAAAGUACUCCAAAAAAUAGCAUGGACAAAUUCAAAUUUAAUUCCUUAACACUUUCAAGAUUUUUAAAAGCUGUCUACCCAGUUUGUGACAGAAUUUUGGAAUCCAACACAGACUCAAAAUCAACCAGUGAAGAUGCUAAGAAGAGAGAAUCAAUGUUUAAAUUCAGCUCAAAUUAUUCUGUGUUUUCAACUCCUUUAACAAAGGAUCGAGAAGUAAGAGAAAUUACCUUUACAAAGGACAAUCAAAUGCUUGUGUGUUAUGGGCCCUCAAAAUCAGAAUCUUGUAUUUUGGAAGAGGGAUUGAUAUGCAUUUGGGACCCUCUAAACGAAAGAUCUCCAACAAUAUGUCUUCGAUGCGGAUCAGAACUCACCUCUGUGUGCUUUUUGCUUGAUCGCUCUCAUAUUGUCAUUGGAGGAUGUAAGGAUGGCUCAGUAGUAGUAUGGGAUUGCAACCAAAAACCAAAAACGAUUCAAAUUGGAGAUACUUUUGUUUCAACAAUAUUUCCCUCUUUUUCGACAGCUAACAUGUUUGGAGAAACCCAUUUAUGUUCAGUGACAAGUGUGAAAUCAAUCAGCGCUUCCCUUUCCAUGUAUUCCAAAGAGAUUAGAUCAAUGGGAGAUUACUUUAUCUCUUUAGACGAAGCAGGAAAUGUUAUAUUUUGGUUGGUCAUGUUUCUCUCUCAACAGAGUAGUAGUUUGACCGACUCAGAGUUUGGGCUAAGCAUUGGAGGAAAAGUAAAACUUGUAAACAGUGGAAGAAUGAACAUUUUUGGAGAACCUUUAUUGGACAUUAAUUUAAAACGAGCUGAUAUUGAAAGAGAAACAAGUCUAGCGGCAACCAUUCUUAAAGGAAUCAACUCAAUAGAGCAGAUUGAACACAACUCUUUUAUUCCUUCAAUAUCUGCUGCUGCUUGUUUAGAAAUUGAUCCUGACGACCCAUCUCAAUUUGUGGUGGGAACAGAUUUUGGGCAAAUAUUACGUAGAGGACGAUUUAUUGAGAAUGUAAAACCGUACAAUAGCGUCAAACGAAAAGACGGAUAUUCUUCAAACAUUCAUCAUUUAAUGUCCCGAGUGACAUGUAUGGAUUUCUCUCUUUUUAUGCCCCAGUAUUUUCUUGCCGGAUUCGAAAAUGGUCAAUUUGCCAUCUAUUUGAAAGGGUAUGAAGAUCCAAUUAUAAGUUUCAAAAACUAUUGCAAUUGCUGUGUUGUUGAUGUCAAAUGGAGUUCUGUGGAUGCCUCACAGUUUUAUGUGCUCACCAGUGAAGACGAUCUUAUAGUAAUUAACCUUUCUCAAAACGAUAUUGUUAUUGCUCAAGAGAAAGUCACUCUUAAGGGACACGAGAAAGACAGAGUCAACCGUGUGAGCUGCAAGUUAGGAAUUCUAAGCCUCUCACAAAAAGAUAAGGCUCAACGUAUUGUUGUUAGUAAUCAACAGGAACUAAUGAAGUCACUCAACAAGAAUGACAGAGUGGCAAUUGGAUACAUAGAUGGACGAGUGGAUUUACAUUGGAUAGACACUCCUUCAAAAAUUGUCGAUCUCAAGGAAUCAAUCUCUAAAGUUUCAAAAGAAAUACAAAGCUUUAUUACCUAA